ACUUCCUAGGAAGAAAUGCUCUUUUCCAUCCCUCAAUUCUGCCCAGGUGUGAGCACCUACCAGUAUUUAUCACGCGUAAAACUGUGGGACGCGUCGCUGCGGGGUAUCCCUGGGAAAGGUCAGCUCGUGGUGGGGUAGAAACGAAGGAAUGCUGUGGAGUAACAGUUGUGAUGGUCUUUCAGACUAACAGGGAUGCCAAAGGAAAAAUAUGAUCCUCCAGAUCCUCGCAGAAUUUACACCAUCAUGUCAGCGGAAGAGGUGGCCAACGGGAAGAAGUCGCACUGGGCUGAAUUAGAGAUCUCGGGGAGAGUGCGGAGCUUAAGUACGUCGCUGUGGUCGCUGACACACCUGACUGCUCUGCACCUCAAUGACAACAACCUUACUCGCAUUCCACCUGAUAUUGCCAAGCUUCACAAUCUGGUUUACCUGGAUCUGUCAUCCAACAAACUCAGAAGUUUACCAGCAGAACUAGGAAACAUGGUGUCUCUCAGGGAAUUGCUUUUAAAUAACAAUCUGUUACGGGUUUUGCCUUAUGAACUUGGACGGCUCUUCCAGCUGCAAACCCUGGGUUUGAAAGGCAAUCCUUUAUCCCAAGAUAUUCUCAGCCUCUACCAGGAUCCAGACGGAACCCGAAAGCUACUGAACUACAUGCUUGACAAUCUAGCAGUUCAUCCAGAGCAGCUGCCUCCAAGGCCAUGGAUUACUUUAAAAGAACGAGACCAAAUUCUGCCCUCAGCUUCAUUUACAGUUAUGUGUUACAAUGUGUUGUGUGAUAAAUACGCCACCCGGCAGCUCUAUGGCUACUGCCCAUCCUGGGCACUCAAUUGGGAGUACAGGAAAAAGGGAAUCAUGGAAGAAAUCGUCAACUGUGAUGCAGAUAUCAUUAGUCUUCAGGAAGUGGAAACGGAGCAAUACUUCACCCUUUUCCUGCCAGCCUUGAAAGAACGGGGAUACGACGGAUUCUUUUCUCCAAAGUCACGUGCCAAAAUCAUGUCCGAGCAGGAGAAAAAGCACGUGGACGGCUGCGCGAUAUUCUUCAAAACGGACAAGUUCACGCUGGUGCAGAAGCACACGGUGGAGUUCAACCAGGUGGCCAUGGCCAACUCGGAGGGCUCGGAAGCCAUGUUGAACAGAGUGAUGACCAAGGACAACAUCGGAGUCGCCGUGGUGUUGGAGGUGCACAAGGAGUUGUUCGGAGCAAGUAUGAAAUCGCUUCACGUGGACAAGCAGCUGCUCAUCGUGGCCAAUGCCCACAUGCACUGGGACCCCGAAUACUCAGAUGUGAAACUCAUCCAGACCAUGAUGUUCGUCUCAGAGCUGAAAAACAUCCUGGAGAAAGCCUCAAGCAGGCCCAGUAGCCCGACAGCAGAUCCCAACUCUAUCCCUCUGGUGCUGUGUGCGGAUCUCAACUCACUGCCUGAUUCAGGUGUAGUGGAGUACCUGAGCAACGGCAUAGUGGCUGACAACCACAAGGACUUCAAGGAGCUGCGCUACAACGAGUGUCUGAUGAACUUCAGCGGCAACGGGAAGAACGGAGCCUCGGAGGGCAGGAUCACGCACGGCUUCCAGCUCAAGAGCGCCUACGAGAACAACCUGAUGCCUUACACCAAUUACACUUUUGACUUCAAAGGUGUGAUUGACUACAUUUUCUACUCCAACACCCACAUGAACGUGCUCGGAGUCCUGGGGCCUUUGGACCCUCAGUGGCUGGUGGACAACAACAUCACGGGCUGCCCUCACCCGCACAUCCCCUCCGACCACUUCUCGCUGCUGACGCAGCUGGAGCUGCACCCGCCGCUGCUGCCGCUGGUGAACGGCGUGCACCUGCCCUCCCGCAGGUAGUGCAGCCCCAGGGCGCCUCGGACCUGCCUCACGGACCUGUACACUUGUAAAUCCCACUAGAUAGGAGUGAAGUAUGGCCAACCUGCAGCUGCUUCUUCGAGCUCCUUUUCCUUAUGUGUUUGAUAUGAGAUUUUUGCACAUUUUGGUGCAUAUCGGUAUCAUUUGGCACUAGGGCUGGAACCAAAGUAUUAUUCCCCUUUCCAGGUUUUUAAUUUAAUUUUUGUUUGUGUUUGGGUUUUUUGUUGUUGUUUUUUUGUUUGUUUUUUUGUUUGUUUGGUUUUUUUUUUUACUUUAAACUGGCUUUUUCUUUUCAGUAGGAAGCUGCACUUCUAAACGGACAAAAGAGGUUUGAAAACUUGCAUUUAACAUAUUUCAAGGUAAUGCUUUUUUCCAGAACGUGGCAAAUUGAGCCAAACUUUUAGGAGAAAGAAGAACAAAGCUAGAGAUGCUUGUUUUGUAGGAAGAAUAUUAUUAGAAAUACUAUUUCUUUGAAUCCAGAAUGGAGACUCAACUCUGCAUCCAAUAUAAAUUUUGCACAUUAGCAAAGCACUUAAUACCUGACUAUAAAUGAUUGGCAGCAUGGCCCUGCCCCUCAUCUCAAUACUACCAGAAAACCAAAGAUAGCCAAGCAUCUGUGAUCAAAUUUGAGCUCUAAAUCCUCCUGAUUCCAAUUUCUUUGGGAGCUGUUGUCAGUCAGGGCUGAAGUAAAAAAGCUGCUGGUUCCUUCCCAAAUGUUAAUGCUCUUUGGAUGUGUUGGAAAUCCUUGUUUUCUUUCCUUUUCAUGCUCUGGGUGGCCAGUUCAAAACCUUGUGCCUCGAGAGGCAUUAAAAACAUGAUGCAAUUUUCUGAAAAAAAAAACAAAAAACAAACAAACAACAAAAAAAAAACAAACAACCAACAACAACAAAAAAAACCAAACCUGUUUGGCUGCUUAAUGUUUAAAAAAAAGGCACAGUGAUAGGAAAAGGUCGUGUCUGUGUUUUUAAGUUUUUCUUUAUUCUGCUUUUUUGCUGCUAUAAGAUUUUCUUGAAUUUCUAUUUGAAACUUUUCAUGCACUUUACUGUUUCUAGUCUCCAAAUGUGAUAUUUUUAAUAAAUGAAAAACAUUUUCCAUGAUGUGAUUGAAAUUUUUAAGCAGAUUGAUAAGCUUAUAUUUAUGUCUCAUUCGUAUACUUCAAAAAAAAGUCCAAUUUGAAUUGUGAAAUUGGUUUUAAAUACUAAAGAGCCAUCCUCUGUCCUGCAAAACUGCCAAGUCAGGCUGUUCCUCUUUAAUUAAAUAUUUCCUUUGUCGUUUUUUACACAGGAAAUUUUCCAUGGGGGGUGGGGGGGUGGAAAAAAAAAAUCAAUUUGACUUAGAGGAGAAACUAUUUCCUGACUGUGAGUGGGGGCCAGGGAGGGGGUGGAGAGGGCCAGAACACAAAAAUGGGUUCAGCAAAGUGACAACUCCCUUGGAAAAGUGCCUAAAAAAUGGAGGUGUCAUCUGUGGAUCAAAUUGGAAGCGAUGGGAGCUGGGAGGAAAUUCCUGUGCAGCACUUGCUUUGUGCAAAAACCAACCCAAAUGAAAAAAAAAAAAAAAGAAAAAGAGGGGGGGAUAAAAAAGAAACCCCUUUCCAGAGAUGGAUUUUGCUCUGGGUGCAGGUUGGAAUGUACCUCAGCGCUCCCUACCUGGCCAUGGCACACGGACUGGAGAGCACUGGAAAGUAGAAUAGCAUGAAAAACUUCAUUUUGUGGACAUUACCUUUGUGUAUUCAGCUGCUGUAAUGUUUUUUGGGGAGGAGGGGGGUGGAUGCUGCGCUCCUGAGGCUGCUCCUCCUGUUCCUCCUCCAUGCACGGCCAUCCCAGCGUGAUGAGCAGUGUUUCCUAACCAUACUUCACUCCCAAUAUUUUUUUUGAGCUGUUUGUAUAAAGUGGAAUUUCCGAUUCGCCCGUGAUUGUCUAUGAACUGCAGAGGAGCCCAUUUAGUAAUAAAAAUCCAAACCCAGCA